AAUAGCUAAGCCUGCCUGUCUGAGCAUCAGCAUUUCCUUUCUGCAGUGUUCAGAACUGAAGAGAAAGGGGGAACCAUCUUGCAUGUCCUCUGCUGUUGGAUGGGGUUUAAAGCGAAUAUUGAAGCUUUGACCCUCAGUAUUUUUGAUUUUGGGGAAGAUGACUGCUUGAUAAAAUGGAUGAAUUUCAAUUCCAAAGAAGUGAAAAGUGACUGAAGAACAGCAUCUUUAGACCAUUUGCCACUAAAUUAAAUGAUCACAACUGGGAUCUCAUGCACCCGUUAUACUUUCUAGAGGAUCUUCUCCAAAAGAGAGUUUUACAUUUAAAAGGCGGCAAUGAGUGUAUUUUCCUUUGGCGCUUACUGAGACUAAACACACUUUCUAAUAAUGACCAGCUUGAAACGGUCCCAGACUGAAAGGGCAGUUGCCACCGGAAUAUCAGAUGUUACCCCUAAGAUACAUUCAGAUGACUUUUAUAUGAGACGCUUUAGGUCACAGAAUGGUAGCUUGGGAUCUUCCAUGAUGGCUCCAGUGGGCCCUCCACGCAAUGAAGGAUCACAUCAUCUUACUUCCACACCUGGAGUUCCUAAAAUGGGAGUUAGAGCAAGGAUUGCAGACUGGCCUCCAAGGAAGGAGAAUGUCAAAGAAAACAGUAGAUCAAGUCAAGAAAUGGAUACAUCAAGCUGUCUGGAUAGUAUGUCCUCAAAAAGUAGUCCGGGUAGCCAGGGAAGUUCAAUUAAUUUGAACAGUAGUGAUUCUGUCAUGUUAAAGAGUAUCCAAAACACACUUAAAAGCAAAGCAAGACAAUCUGAGAACUUAGAUUCUAGAUUUCUUACACCUGAUGGUUACCACAGCUCCCCAAGAAAAGCUCUUCGUAGAAUAAGACAGCGUAGUAAUAGUGACAUCACCCUAAGUGAGCUUGAUGUGGAUAGUUAUGAUGAAUGUAUCUCACCCAGUUACAAAUCAGGACCAUCAUUGCACAGAGAAUAUGGCAGCACCUCCUCAAUAGAUAAGCAGGGUACCUCAGGGGAAAGUUUUUUUGACUUGUUAAAAGGUUAUAAAGAUGAAACGUCUGAUCAAAGAGGUUCAGCCUCCAGCAAAUUUGGUGAACUCCUUAUAGCUAGUGGAAGUAAAGGUUCAGGAUUUUCUUUGGAUGUGAUAGAUGGACCCAUUACUCACAGGGAGAACCUUCGAUUCUUUAAAGAAAGGGAGAAACCACUGAAGAGGCGUUCAAAAUCAGAGACAGGAGAUUCUUCUAUUUUUCGCAAGCUGCGUAAUGCCAAAGGUGAAGGAGAUCUUGGAAAGACUUCAGAUCUAGAAGACAGCCGAUCAGAGGAUAGUGUCAGGCCUUGGAUGUGCCCCAAAUGUUUUGCUCAUUAUGAUGUUCAAAGUAUAUUAUUUGAUUUAAAUGAAGUGGCAGUUAACCGGCAUAAUGUUAUAAAAAGAAGGAACACAACUACUGGAGCUUCUGCUGCUGCGGUUGCAUCGUUAGCUUCUGGACCAUUAUCCCAUUCUGCAAGUUUUAAUUCCCCUAUGGGUAGUACAGAAGAACUGAAUUCCAAAGGAACUUUAAAUGUGGACCAGGGAGAUGACAAAAGCAAUGAUCUUGUGUUGAGUUGCCCGUAUUUUCGUAAUGAGAUCGGUGGGGAAGGAGAAAGAAACAUCAGUCUCACCAAAUCUAACUCUGGAUCCUUUAGUGGCUGUGAAAGUGCCUCUUUUGAGUCUACUCUUAGCUCUCAUUGCACAAAUGCGGGAGUGGCAGUACUUGAAGUACCCAAGGAAAAUCUGGUGUUGCACUUGGACAGAGCUAAGAGGUACAUUGUUGAACAUGUGGAUCUCGGUGCAUAUUACUAUCGGAAAUUCUUCUAUCAGAAAGAACACUGGAACUACUUUGGGGCAGAUGAAAACCUUGGUCCCGUAGCUGUCAGCAUCAGAAGAGAAAAACCUGAGGAAAUAAAAGAAAAUGGUUCCCAGUUUAGCUACCGCAUUAUUUUCAGAACCAGUGAGCUUACAACGCUAAGAGGUACUGUCUUGGAAGAUGCAAUACCUUCAACUGCAAAGCAUUGUACAGCCAGAGGGUUGCCCUUGAAAGAAGUCCUAGAACAUGUGGUUCCUGAACUAAACAUCCAUUGCCUGAGGUUGGCUUUCAAUACACCUAAAGUCACAGAGCAGCUUAUGAAACUCGACGAACAAGGGUUAAGCUAUCAGCUGAAAGUGGGAAUCAUGUACUGCAAGUCUGGGCAAAGCACAGAAGAGGAAAUGUACAAUAAUGAAUCAGCAGGCCCAGCCUUUGAAGAGUUUCUUCAGUUGUUGGGAGAACGGGUUAGACUUAAAGGAUUUGAAAAGUAUCGUGCCCAGCUAGACACAAAGA